GUUAAUUAUGGCUACAGAAGUACAGUAUAAAGCUGAUCUUAUCAAUGGUAAACCUGUUCUCUAUUGUAGAUAUGACUUUGAACAUGCUUGGGAGGACGUAACUCAUACCAGACAUCAGCUGGAUCACCUGGAACUCUACGACUUGAAUCUCAAUUUAACCGGUGUAUCACAGUGUUCAACAGAGUUAUGUGAUACAACUUUUAAGAUCUCAAUUGAUUUCAAAUGUUACCACGUGAAACUGGGUGACAAAUUGUUAUGGAGUUACUAUGAGUUUCCUCAAUGUGGAUUACCAAAAAAAUUACUAUUUAACUUGAAAUUGAAUACUAUGGCGCUGCAAUUUGAAGAAACCAUUGAGAAGUUAAAUUUGGACGGGUAUGAAUUUAAUGACUGGGUGGAGCCUGGGAGACCGUUACAGCCAAUCAUUACUAGGAAAAAAAUAAUCAACGGUCAUAUUAAGGUGGAUUUAUUCUCUCCCUGGAACCCCUGCGUCCAAGUGAAUUUUGACGAAACUCACUUCUGGAGACAUAAACAAGGAAAUCCACUCCCAAUCUCACUCAUCCACGAACUCGAAGAUUAUUAUCUUCUCGUAUUCCCCGAUGCCUUUUUAGAAUUUGAUUUUUAUCCUCACCGUAAACCCUUACAGAUCUUUGAAUUCUAA